AUGGGCAACAAGCUCUGUGUUUCUAUAAAAUCUAAAAAUAAGGCCUCAGAGGGAAAUGAUGAAUCUUCUUUCAAUUGCUUGGACCUAGAAAGCAUAGCGGAAUAUUUUAGACCCUCUUAUGAAGAUGACAUAAGGGGUACCAUACUUUACACCUGCAAAAUUUGCUGUGAAUCGAAGUCACUAAAUGACAGCUUCAGUGUGGAGCCUUGUGGCCACUUUUACUGCUUCACAUGCACCGUCAGAUACAUAGUAUCAAAGCUCCAAAACAACGUGUUGAUCAUUAAGUGUCCUGAGAGAGAGUGCUUUGGGGAGUUGAGUCCUCAUGUUUGCAAACCAAUUCUACCCACCAACGUGUUAGAGAGGUGGGAAAAAGCUUUGUGUGAAUCCGUGAUUCCCGAGGAGGAGAGGUUCUAUUGUCCUUUCAAUGAUUGCUCCGCACUGUUGUUGAUCAAUGAUGGUCGAAUGGUCAUUAGAAACUCAACUUGUCCUCAUUGCAAGAGAGCCAUUUGUGUUCAGUGUAAUGCUCCUUGGCAUCAAAAAAUAACUUGUCAAAAGUAUAAAAAAUUGAACGAGAACAAGAACGAUGAUCUUUUGUUGAAUCUCGCCAAGAAAAGAAAGUGGAAACGGUGCCCAAACUGCAAGCAUUAUGUUGAAAAGAAUAAUGGCUGUGAUUACAUGACAUGCAGGUUGGUUAAUUCCCUCCUCCAUGUUCCUUCUCCUACAUAA